AUGUACAUAAAACGAACGAGUUUAUUGCUGGCAAGCGUGUGGGCGAGCCUGUUGGUCGUGUGUUUUACGCAACACGCAGAGCAGCUGCUUGCCCAGAAUCCUUGCUCGAGUAAAACGACCUGUAGCGAAUGCGCUCGGACUCCCAGCUGUGCGUGGUGCUUCGCCACCGACUUCAAUGGACCUCGAUGUUUUAAUCCCGCAAUGGAAGGCGGUACCGGUGGUUGCGAUGAAGCCUACAUUUUCAAUCCCGACAAUCAGCUGUUUGUCGACCCUGCAUAUAACAGAGACUUGAGUAGAGCAAAGGGUCGCAUGGGAAUGGCAACAGGCUCGGCAACUUACGAAGAGUCAAUGAGCUCUAAGGGAAGUUCAUUUGCUGGCAGCGGGAGUGCCGCUGGUGCAGCUGGUGCUGGCGGGAAUCUCGUACAAAUGAAGCCCCAGAGAGUGAAGCUACAGAUGAGAAUGAAUCAAAUGCAAAAGCUUACGUUUGCCUAUUCCCGGGCUCAAGAUUAUCCCGUCGAUCUGUACUAUCUUAUGGAUCUCAGUAGGUCCAUGAAGAACGACAAAGAGAAGCUCAGUGCUUUGGGCAGUCUGCUCUCGGCGACGAUGAGGAACAUGACAUCCAAUUUUAGGAUCGGCUUCGGAUCGUUCGUAGACAAACUCGUUAUGCCGUAUGUUUCAACGGUGCCUAAGAAUCUCAUCUCUCCGUGUGAUAACUGCGCCGCGCCUUACGGCUUCCGCAAUCAAAUGUCGCUCAGUAAGGAUACUGACUUCUUUGAAAAAGCAGUCGCACAAGCGGACGUUUCUGGUAACCUAGACGCGCCCGAAGGAGGGUUCGACGCGAUCAUGCAGGCGGUCGUGUGCCGCCAACAGAUCGGCUGGAGGGACCAGGCCCGUCGGCUGCUCGUCUUCUCGACCGACGCCGGCUUCCAUUACGCCGGGGACGGAAAGCUCGGCGGUAUAGUGCAGCCUAAUGACGGCCAAUGUCACAUGGAAAACAAUGCUUACACUCACUCGACCCUUCAAGAUUACCCCAGUAUUUCACAGAUCAACCUGAAAGUGAAAAAAAAUGCUAUAAACGUGAUAUUCGCGGUAACAGCCGAACAGAUCAGCGUGUACGAAGAGUUGAGCAAACACAUCGAGGGGUCCAGCAGCGGCAUCCUCAGUGAGGACUCCGACAACGUUGUCGAUCUCGUACGGGAGCAAUACAAUAAAAUUACGUCAACCGUUGAAAUGAAGGACUCAUCGAGUGACGCCGUUCAAAUUGUGUAUUACUCAUCGUGUCUCGGCGGCAAGGAUCUCGUUCAAACAAAUAAAUGUGACGGACUCAAGGUCGGAGACAUGGUGGAGUUCACAGCCGAGAUUACAUUGAAGGAAUGUCCUAAAGAUCGGAACAAAUGGAAACAAUUAUUCGAAAUAUCCCCUGUGGGUAUAUCGGACAGUCUGCAGGUGGAGUUGGAGUUGCUGUGCGAUUGCCCUUGUGAACGGCCGGGACAUUUCGCGUACAACGCGAGUCCGCUGGUGUGCAGCGGCGAGGGCGUGUCGGCGUGCGGCGUGUGCCUGUGCAGCCCGGGCCGCUUCGGGAAGAGCUGCGAGUGCUCCGCGCAGGGCGGCGUGUCCGUCGAGCAGGAGCGCGGCUGCCGCCCCACCAACGCCACCUCCAGCCCGCUCUGCUCCAACCGCGGGACCUGCAUCUGUGGCGUCUGCGAGUGCAACAAGAUGGAAGACCCCACUAAGGUAAUAUCGGGCCCGUUCUGCGAGUGCGACAACUUCACGUGCGACCGCUACAAGGGUCAGCUGUGCUCGGGCCACGGCACGUGCGUGUGCGGCAAGUGCAGCUGCGAGCCGGACUACGGCGGGCCCGCCUGCCAGUGCCUCAAGGACACCAAAGUGUGCAUGUCGCCAGAGAACAACAAGAUUUGUAGCGGCAACGGCAAAUGUGUGUGCGGCCAGUGCGUGUGCAACGUGGACGACGACAAACACUAUUCGGGAAUGUACUGCGAGAAAUGUCCAACUUGCCCCGGCCACUGCGGAGACUUCAAAGACUGCGUCCUCUGCGAGGUGCACAAGCGCGGUCCCAAGUACAACCCCGACACGGACGGCUGCGGCAACUGCGCGCUCCUGCCGAUCAUAGAGGAAGGCAGAAUCGAAGCCAACGAAACUCUCAACGAGCACUUGUGCAGUUUCUAUGACGACGAGGACUGUUUGUACGUGUACGUCUAUUCUUACCAAGACACUCGGAAAGUGGUCAUCAGGGCGCAGAAGGAACGAGAAUGCCCUAAAAAGGUACCAAUCUUGGGUAUAGUCCUGGGCGUGAUCGCCGCCAUAGUGCUGGUCGGGCUGGCGCUGUUGAUGCUGUGGAAGAUGGCCACCACCAUACACGACCGACGCGAGUUCGCACGCUUCGAAAAGGAACGUAUGAUGGCCAAAUGGGAUACGGGCGAGAAUCCGAUUUACAAGCAAGCGACGUCGACGUUCAAGAAUCCAACUUACGCCGGAAAAUAAAAGUGUGCCUUCGUAAACUGUUUUUUGUAUUUUAUGUACUAAUACAAAAUGAUAGGAUGUAAAUGUUCAAUUACGAUCUUUAUUCCGAGCGCCAUACAUUUCUAGUAUUUUUAUAGUGACGUAUAGCUGAAGCUUUUAGAUGCUGGCGAACAUCAAGAGUUGCCUUAAAAGUGUGCCUUUAAAGAAAUGUCGUUUUUAUAUUUAAUAUGUGCCUUACUGUCUAUUCGUUUCCUGUAGGAAAAACUAUUGCUUUCAUGACUAAUGUAUUGUAUAUUCGUUAAUAUACAGAAUAUAAGGUAAAUAUUCCAGAAAUAAUAAUAAUAAAAAUUGGUUAUCUUAACCUAAACUGAAUAAUAUUUUGCUAUGAUAUAAGUAUGAAGCAAACGUCCCGUAUCACACGAGGUCACUGACCCCGUGCGUCGUCUUAUUUUGUACUGUUAAGUUCCGUGAAAUAAUAAAACGUAAAAUAUUAAA